CCCCCCCCCCCCCCAUCAUGGUACACUUAAUUUUCUGAAGCUAAAUAAAUUGUUUUAGUUACCCCCCCUUGAGAGCUCUUCGCUUUGUCAAAAUGUCGAGUACAUGUCUACCAUGAAUGGAACCAACCAUCCACCGCCUGCAUAUUCGCCAACAGCGCCUCCGAUGUCGCAUGCAGCGCCCCCGAUGCAGCAACAGGGCGCCCCCUACCCACCCGCCAACGGCUAUCCGCCAGGUGGUGGCGGUCAACCCGCAGGUGGAUAUCCACCAAGCGGUGGCUAUCCACCCGCUGGCGGCUAUCCACCCGCCGGUGGCUAUCCACCCGCGGGUGGGAUGUAUCCGCAAGGCGGUGCCUAUCCAGCACCCAUGUACAUGGCACAGGGCCAGCCCUACACCACACUGCCUGGUCAACAACAACAAAAAUCAUCCGGAAUGGGAACUGGCAUUGGUAUAGGGUUACUCUCGGCAUUACUGUGUUGCUGUAUUUUGAACGAUUAAUCCUAUAUCGUGGUCUUCACUAGUCCAUUGAUUCCAUCUUACAACUAAAUUUUCAGUGUGUCAAUAUCCAUCACAAAGAAAACCUGUUAAUAAAUAAUGUUCUAAUCCCAAACAGCUCAUCUUCCAUCAGUGAGAGUUGAACCAAAGAUCCUCGGUGCCAGAGUGUAAUGUUCUGUUGAGAUGGACACACCUGAGUCUAGGCGGAACAUUUUGUUUACGUUGUAAUUAGUUUGUUUUCCACGAUAGACUAUAAUGUGCUGGAUUUUUUUUUUUUUUACAUUUGAUAAAUAGAAUUGACGAACCGUGGUAGGCACUGAUGGAAACUGAAUAUGUUACCAGUUAACUUCAUAUUGUUACACACGAUGUAGUAUAUAGUUUAUAGGCACUUAUUAUAAAAGAAAAUAUUAAUUUUUAUUCCUUGAAAUUUCACAGUUCUAUUAAUAAAAUGUGUGAAAAAAGAA